AUGAUCAUUGAUCCCCGAUCCCAGUUGAUGAGGAGGACAAUUCUGCGACAAGUGAUCCUCGGGAUCGUCUGCUGCAUGAGGUUCUUCAGCAGCCGAGUCAGGAAGCGAUUUCCGUCCAUGAGAAGUCUCGUUGAUGCAGGUCUGAUGGAGGAAGGCGAAUUUCAAAUGAUGGACGUUCUGGCAAGGAACUCCCAAAGGUCCAUGUUCUGGAUCCCCCACAUGUGGGCAGCGAACAUCGCCCAUCAAGCGCGGGUGGAGAAUCGGAUCGAGAGCGACCUCGGUCUCCGGGGCGUGCUGGAUGCAUUGACUGCGCUUCGUCGGACCUGUGCAGUCUGCCAACAAGUGGAGUAUGUCGAACUUCCGAUCGUCUACACGCAGGUUCUGUUUCUCAUCGAUUCAUUGGUCCUAUACGUCGGAUGGCUGAAAGUCGCUCAGUCCCUCAUCGAUCCAUAUGGCGAAGACGAAUCUGAUUUUGAGCUCAAUUGGCUAAUCGACCGUCACAUCAAAGUCACUCACGUGAUGGAGGAUGGGCUGAAUAUGAACUUCGAGCGAUUCACCUGGAAGGAGACGUUCCCUUGGCUCUUCAAGCAAGAUUGGGCGACAAAACCGAAGCAGUUUGCCUUUACUGAGAUGAUAAACAAGAGCAAAAAGUCCAAGGAUCCGAUUCCGGAGGAGGGAGACCCGAACUAUAUCGGCCCAGGCAUUAUCUCGACCACGACCCUCUACCGACUGCUGAAGUUUGACGAAGCUCACAUGCUGGAUGCACGCUACAAGGAUUGAUCGAUCGGCAUGGGGCCCCGUGGUCGACGCAGCAUCGAUUCCCAAAGUGACGACACGAUUGCAGUUUUCGAAGGGGCGGAGCUUUUCUGAACCUCUACGACACCGUGCAUGCUACCAAAUUUGACCUGUCACCUAUCACGUCCCUUAACAUGUAGUUCCUUUCCUUGAAAUGACAUUAAAACGGCUGUGAGAGAAAGGGUCAUUCGUCCACGGGACCCCAGCACAUUUUAGCACUCAUUUCUACUCACAUCACUACUCAAUUGAUAAUUUAAAAAUUUCACCUAACUUUGGUCAUUGAAGGGACUCACAAAAUGGAGUCAAACGGUAUCAAAACAUCCGGUGAAGAAACAGGUUUAGGCUCCUAACUGG